GUGUCGAUCUCGGUAAGUGUAGUCUUUAAUCAGAGUGGUGCUGACGCAUGCUCCAAUAGCCGCGUCCCUUUCACUGCCAAUUCUGCAACCACCAGUGUAAAAAGCUGCAUGAAUUCCCCAUUAACCCCCAAACUAAAACCCUCGUUCUUCUUUGCCGCACACACAGAGAGAGAAAGAAAUUCAAAGUGAAUCGUUGCCUAUUCUGCCUGCAUCCUUUUGCUACUUCUCCCGUUAGUCCCAUGCUACCUACCAAACAUUCACUAAAAGGUAGAUGAACAAUCAGGGCGAUCCCAGUCCUGGAUGCUUAGAUUCGCAGUCAGUUGGUUGCUUUUGAAAUUUUGAAGUACAGAAUCUGACCAGAAUGAAGAAUAUAGGGAAGAUGGGAAUUCAUUACUUGCAGAGGUUGAAUGCAGCAAAUGUUCCGAAAGACUUGAUAGAGAAAGGGCAGAAUCGGGUUAUAGAGGCAUCACUUACACUUAUUCGUGAGAGGGCAAAACUCAAGGGAGAACUUUUGCGAGCUGUGGGAGGUGUUGUAGCUUCAUCAUCUUUACUUGGAGUUCCACUAGGACAUAACUCUUCAUUUCUCCAGGGGCCAGCUUUUGCACCCCCUCGUAUAAGAGAGGCUAUAUGGUGUGGCAGCACAAAUUCCACAACAGAAGAAGGUAAGGAGCUAAAUGAUCCACGAGUCUUGACUGAUGUUGGUGAUGUGCCAGUCCAGGAGUUACGAGAUUGUGGUGUAGAUGAUGAUAGAUUGAUGAACAUCAUAACUGAAUCUGUGAAGCUAGUCAUGGAAGAAGAUCCAUUACGCCCUUUAGUGUUAGGGGGUGACCACUCCAUUUCAUUUCCAGUGGUGAGAGCUGUAUCUGAGAAGCUUGGGGGACCUGUCGAUAUUCUUCACCUGGAUGCUCAUCCUGAUAUAUAUCAUGCUUUUGAGGGAAACAUAUAUUCUCAUGCAUCUUCUUUUGCAAGAAUUAUGGAGGGUGGUUAUGCUCGGAGACUUUUGCAGGUUGGAAUCAGAUCAAUUACAAAGGAAGGCCGUGAACAAGGGAAAAAGUUUGGUGUGGAGCAAUAUGAAAUGCGCACAUUUUCAAGGGAUCGCCAGUUGUUGGAGAAUCUGAAACUUGGUGAAGGCGUAAAGGGUGUGUACAUUUCAGUAGAUGUGGACUGUCUGGAUCCGGCAUUUGCCCCCGGCGUUUCUCACAUUGAGCCAGGAGGUCUCUCUUUUCGCGACGUUUGCAACAUACUUCACAACCUUAAAGGUGAUGUUGUAGCUGCAGAUGUUGUUGAAUUCAACCCGCAGCGCGAUACUGUUGAUGGAAUGACAGCCAUGGUUGCUGCCAAGCUCGUAAGAGAAUUGACAGCAAAGAUAUCAAAAUAACCAGAAAGAAUCAGCACAAGUACGAACUUCAAGCUACUAUCUACCACACGAGAAGGUGGAUUUGCUUGUACUUGUGGAGCAAAAAACAUGUAUUUCUUUUUCUCUUUUGUUGCAAAAUUGAAGCUCGGAAGUAGUGAAGUCUGGGUUGGAUUCAUCGGUUCAUGUACAAGACUCCGUAAAAUUGAACGGAUAAAAGUUAGAGAGACAUGUAAUAAAAUUUGUCAAUUAUCAUAUCAAGAGCUUAUUUGAUUUAGA